GAGUGUUUAUGUGCGUUUCUGUGGGGAGGGUGUUUGGAGGGAAGGCUACCGAGAGCUUCUUGGCCGCUGGGGGGGCAGGGAUUCCGGUGACAGAGAUGGGGGUAUUUUCUCUGUCUUCCACAUGGAAGCCUCAGCCCCUCCUUUAGGCACUUUAGGUAUUCUUGGGGCCCAGUCAACGGCCUUACUCGUCCAAAGCGUUCCCAGUGGGAAUGAAACUUAAUCCCGGGGUCCGUUCCAGAGGAGCCUGAGCCAGGAAUGCCCCGGCCAACCCGGGCGUCCGGACUCCUCGCCGGCGCCGCCUCCGGCUUCAGUCCCGACAGAUAUUUUGCGGGUGGGUCUGGGCUGAGGGAAAGGCAGCAGUGGCCUGGGGCACGGGUGAGGGCAGAAUAACCGGUGGGAAGGCUACGUUUUCAUGAAGGAUUCGGGUGAAGCUGCAGAGCUGCCUUUGAGCACUGACUCCUUGGCUUCCUUGGUCGGAGGAGAUCUUGUAAUGGAGUGGUUCUUCGUCUCACAGUAACAAGAUGCCUGAUUUCCUCAGGAUCGAGGGAUUGAAGAAUGUCCCGGGUUCCACUGGGAAAAGUCCUCCUAAGGAAUGUCAUCCGGCACACUGAUGCUCACAAUAAGAUUCAGGAGGAAUCAGAUAUGUGGAAAAUAAGAGAACUAGAGAAACAGAUGGAAGAUGCUUACCGGGGAACCAAAAGGAAAAUGUUACCCAGCAGUUCAAGCCGAAUGCGUAGUGAUGGUUUUGAUGAAGAAAGUCAAAGAGACAAUUGGAGGCCAAGGAAUGAAAUUCCUGGGGCACUGGAAGAUGAUUUUCUUAAGGCUAAAUCCUGGAACAAGAAGUUAUAUGAUUAUGAAGCUAACAUGCCAGACAGAUGGGGUCACAGUGGUUAUAAAGAAUUAUACCCUGAAGAAUUUGAAACAGACAGUGAUCAGCAAGAUAUUACCAAUGGGAAAAAAAGAUCCCCCCAGAUAAAACCAUCUACUACCCAUGAAUCUCACAAACACAAGAAGUCAAAGAAAUCUCACAAAAAAAAGCAGAAAAAAAAGUCACGGAAAAAACAGAAGAAAAGCAAAAAGGAAGCAACAGAUAUUACAGCAGAUUCCUCAAACGAGUUCUCAGAAGAAACUGGGGCUUCUAGUACCAGGAAACAACCACAUAAGCGUAAGAAAAAAUCAAGGAAAAAGUCUCUCAAAAAAUCUACUUUAGUUUUAGAGGCAGAAAGUGACACUUCUCAGUCAGGUGAUUGCGCAUCCAGCAGUUCUGAGGAAAGUGAGGAAAGAGACACUAAGAAAACAAAAAGGAGAAAGAGAGAUAAAGUCAAUAUCCCUAUAGUUAGCAAUGAAAAACAGGAGAGGACAAACAAGCGCACAAAUUGGAAGGUGGCUACAGAUGAGAGGUCUGCUGAGAGCUCAGAGGAUGACUAAAUGAGAAACAUUCUUCAGUUUCCGUGUGACUCCGAUAUUUACAACUCUUGCACCUUGGGGCUUUGCCAAUGACUCUGUUACUCAGCACAGGGCCUGAGGUCAGAGCAGUCCUGUGCCAUUUAUAUACAUUCUGACAGACUUGUCUUCUAUUUUGGCCUGUUAAACUUGAUUCUUAUGGUUAAUAGGGAAUCUGGUAUUUUGUUAUGAAGGUUUCUUGAAGAGAUUAUUUUUUGCAGUUAAUUACAUUGGGCAUAAAGUACAUAUACAGCAAAUUAAAGGACCCAGAAAGUAGAAUCCAGUAAUGACCUGGGUACACCAAUUAGAAUGUUGAGUUUGGGGGAAUCAAGGGCUGGGAUCAAGAGGUAGAUUGGAACCAGUGCUGUGCACGAUGUAUGAGGGAACAUCAUGUUGCCUUUGUUUGGUUUAUACAGCAGGUGCCAGUUGACAUUGUCUUAGCUUUGGUGCUUUGAUUUUUCUGUAUUUUGGCCCCACGUGUAUGGUUGUUUAUUCAUUGGGGAAAUGAGCAUAAGAACACUUUCCCUUCAUAACAUCCAUAGACAGCUAUUAGAGGAAACUAGGGUUUUCUGUCUAAUUUUCCUGCUGGACAGGGACUGUGGCUAUUCUCAGUAUGCCCAUAAACUUGGAUAGUACUUGGUAAUUGGACAGUAAAUGGUUUUCUAGUGUCAUUGCUGUAUAUUGCCUAAAUGGACUUGGUUUCAAAAAUUCUUUUAGGUAAGUCCUCAACAAAUGCUAAAGAACUAAGAAUUAGUUAUGCUAAUGGUGCUCUGAACAGGCUUCAGGGCAGCUCUGCCAUUUAAACAGUCUUCCAUACCCAUUUAUAAAUCUAUUAAUAACUAGAUUUUCCCUGAAACUAGAUUGAAUCAAAUCUGAAAUGAAAUAGACUUCUCAGGGACAUAGCCACUUUCUGGUCUGCCUUUGGAUUAAAGCACCAAGCACAGGCCAUAUUAUUUCCCUUUGCUACAUACUGUAAUCCCUACUAUGUUAAUUCACAAGAAACCAAAACACUGAAAGUGGCUGACAGAACAGAUUUUUGUUAGGGCAGAAGAUCAAGUGACAUUUUUCCUGGUCAUCACUUUAUGAGCGGAGUAAAAAGCCUGAAAACUCGACUCUUGGUUGUGAGGUCUGGAGUGGGUAAAUUAACCUCCCUAGCCUUCCUUUCAACCCCAUGUUAAUACACAAAAAUACUCCAUGGUGACAUGACAGUGUAAGACACCAGCAACACAAUUAUGACAACCUUCCAUGGUGGUAAGAUUUUAUAGUUCUAACUGCUAAAUUUUUCUCUUUACAGAGCAGAUUUCUAAUAAAAUGAUUAGUCAUAAAGUACAUGGUUGACCAGAGGUUCCCUAUCCCGAUAAUAAGCAGGUGCUACCUUUGGGGAUAUUUAUUUGAACUAUUAAUACUUUGAUAUUCAAUUGUCAAUGUUCAGUGGUAUACAUUUUUACCUUUGGGAUCAGUAGGGGCCCAAGGAGGGAAGAACAGUCUAUAAUUACUACCUCUUAACCUAAAGCAGUUUUGUUCUUCGAGCAAGUGAAAUCUUUGUUGAAGUGUUUGUGGUGUGGUUUUUUUAAAAGCAGUGUUUCUGUGCUAUAAAAGUACUGAUUCUAAGCACAGAUUCAGGAUAGGUGAAUAGAACAAGGCCUCUCCAGGAAGUUGAGUCCUGGCCUUCCUUCUUCCCAUAGUAGCAGGCCUCUUUCCCAACAAAUACACAUCUUUGCCUGUUUUGUUUUUUGCCAUGUUUACCUUUUCUUGGUCAUAUAUAAGCAAUAAAGCUGUUUCUGUU